AUGUUUGGAAUCCUCAAUUUCUUCCUCUUCUUAUUUGCUACCUCUAUGGCAUUAGGGCUAAUAAAUGGCUGGAGUUACCUGGUCUGGGUAACUCCUCUUCUGGGACUGCUGCCAUUCUGGAGAAAAAUAGCAUUCUUUGGAACAUCUGAUAAGAGAAUCGAUGUGGCUGGAAGAGCAGUACUUAUCACUGGCUGUGAUGCUGGCUUUGGGCAUUCCCUGGCUUUGAGACUGUUCAAUCUUGGCUUCACUGUGUUUGCUACUUGCCUUUUUCCAGAUGGGGAAGGGGCACAACAUCUGCGUCAGGAAGCAGGAUCUAGCCGUCGUCUCCAUGUUCUCAAACUUGAUGUCACUCAGGAUCAAGACGUGGCUGAAGCUAAAGACUUCGUCCUGAAGAAUAUGCCUGAAAAUGGUCUCUGGGGUCUAGUAAACAAUGCAGGAAUAGCACUGUGUGGGCCAAUGGAAUGGAUAUCUUUUGAUGAAUGUAAAAAAGUUAUAGAUGUCAACAUUUUGGGGAGCAUCCGGACAACCCUAAAAUUUCUUCCUCUAAUAAAAAAGAGUCAAGAGCAGUAUCCCCAGGUUCUAGAAGGUUAUCGGUCAGGACGUCUAAUCUUCAUGUCUAGUAUUAAUGCAUUCAUAGAAAUAGGAAAUUGCUUCUAUUGUUUGUCAAAAACUGCACUGGAAAAAUGUGGUGAUAUGUUAAGGUAUGAAGUAAAGAACUUUGGAGUUAAGGUGUCUCUCAUUGAACCAGGAAACUAUGCUCCUGCCACUAAUAUUAUGCCACUAUAUACUGUGGAACAACUAUGGAAUAAACUUGAUGAAGAAAAUAAAGCAAGCUACAGUAAAAAAUACCUACAAUCCUUUGUUAGCAUUUUGAACAAACAAUUAAAAAAUGGAAAGCAUGACUCAAAAGAAGUUAUAGAUGCUAUAACUGAUGCUUUAUUGAAUCAGAGGCCAAAAGCAAGAUAUUUGGUUGCCACUUUUAAGGAAAAAAUUUUGACCUAUGCUUUUUAUUAUUUGCCAGUUUUCCUAAAAGAUUUACUUUAUUCCUUACUGGUAAAGAUAAUGACAUACUAAAAAGAUUAUGAACAUUACAUAAUUAUCAAAUUUGUUAUCAAAUUAUAAAUAGUUAUCAAAUUGAAAAACACUGAAAAUUAUAUGUGUAUGGCAUCUAGGGGCAGCUAGGUGGUAUAGUGGAUAGAGUGUCAGACCUAAACUUACUAGCUGUUUGACCCUGUGCAAGUCACUUAACUUUAUUUGUUGUAUUUCCUCAUCUAUACAAUGAGUUGGAGACAGAAAUGUCAAAUUAAUCUAGUAUGCCAAGAAAACCCCAAAUGGGGUCACAAAGUCAGAUAUGACUGAAAAAUCUGAACAACAACAAAAUGGCAUUUAACAGCAAAGAUGCUUCAAAAUGUACUUUUGAAAUUGUUAUAGCUAGUAAAAUGAAAAUGUAAUUUAUUUAGAGCCAAUCUAUCCAUUUUGUACAACUUUUGAAACAGGAACCAACAUAUGAACAUAUUUCAUUUAAAUAAAUUUAAAUAAAUGAAUUUUCA